AGUUAGAACUUUGAACUGGUUGAAGCAACUUCGAGGAACGAGCCCCCAGAAACACCUACGAAAUGAAAACGAAAGCGAAAUUACUUGUACUCUCUGUGGGAGCCACGCUAUUAAUAUUGCUGUUGGAUUUCGCGGAAGGCAGGCGACUGAGUAGUCAGCUGCCCGAGGGCGAGUGCGACUUUGACUUUAAGGAGCAGCCGGAGGAUUUCUUCAGCAUGCUGGAUGCCCUGCCGCAGGUGAGUGGUGAAGUGGUGGCAUCACGUGGCGGAGAUGCGAUGCCAAAGGAGCCAAGGGAUUCAAAGGAGCACAGACAGUUUUCGGGAAAACGCCGGAAGCAGCCGCAAUCGCGAAGCAAAGCCAGGCUGAGAUUACCCCCGCCACUUCUCUGGACAGACGACGUAGGAGAUGUCAUCCAAGCCUCCAGUCGGAAUCAAUUUUCCAGCGGAAGGCAGCGCAGGGCUGUCACUGUGCGAAGGGAGCGCACCUGGGACUACGGAGUCAUCCCCUACGAGAUCGACGGCAUCUUCAGUGGAGCCCACAAGGCGCUCUUCAAGCAGGCCAUGCGCCACUGGGAGAACUUCACCUGCAUCAAGUUCGUGGAACGCGAUGCCAGUCUGCAUGCCAACUACAUAUACUUCACUGUGAAAAAUUGCGGUUGCUGUUCCUUUCUGGGCAAGAGCGGCAAUGGUCGCCAACCCAUCUCCAUUGGACGCAAUUGCGAGAAGUUUGGCAUUAUAAUCCAUGAACUGGGCCACACCAUUGGCUUCCACCAUGAGCAUGCUCGUGAUGACCGGGACAAGCACAUCAUCAUCAACAAGGCGAACAUCAUGCGGGGCCAGGAGUACAACUUCGAUGUCCUGUCGCCGCAGGAGGUGGACUUGCCACUGCUGCCCUACGAUCUCAACUCCAUCAUGCACUAUGCCAAGAACUCGUUUUCGAAGAGCCCCUACCUGGACACCAUCACUCCGAUUGGGAUUCCACCCGGAACCCCGCUGGAGUUGGGUCAGCGAAGGCGUCUCAGCCACGGGGACAUUGUCCAGGCCAAUCUCCUGUACAAAUGCGCCUCCUGCGGACGCACCUUUCAGCAGAACUCCGGCAGUAUUGUCAGUCCCCACUUUGUUUACUCGCCAAAUGGUGUGCUCGGCGACUUCGAGGGUAGUGGAGAUGGCGGCGAAGCUGGAGAGGAUUCCCCUCCGGCAUCCGAAUUCGAUGCCUCCCUGACCAACUGCGAGUGGCGCAUCACGGCCACCAAUGGCGAGAAGAUCAUCCUGCAUCUGCAGCAGCUGCAGCUGAUGAGCUCCGAGGACUGCACGCAGGAUUACCUGGAGAUCAGGGAUGGCUACUGGCACAAGUCGCCGCUGGUCAAACGCCUCUGCGGAAAUGCCAGCGGGUUGGUCAUCACCACCCAGACGAGUCGCAUGCUCCUCAACUACGUGAACCGGAAUGCGGGCAAAGGUUAUCGAGGGUUUAAGGCGAAGUUCGAGGUGGUUUGUGGAGGUGACAUCCUGCUGACCAGGGAUCAGUCCAUCGACUCGCCCAACUAUCCGCUGGACUACAUGCCCGACAAGGAGUGCGUGUGGCGCAUAACUGCUCCCGAGAAUCACCAGGUGGCCCUGAAGUUCCAGAGUUUUGAGCUGGAGAAGCACGAUGGCUGUGCCUACGACUACGUGGAAGUGAGAGAUGGGAAUCACAGUGAGUCCCGGCUGAUAGGACACUUCUGUGGGGACAAGCUGCCGCCCAAUAUAAAAACCCGCGGUAAUCAGAUGUACAUCCGUUUUGUAUCCGAUGCUUCGGUGCAAAAGCUGGGCUUCUCCGCCGCCUUGAUGCUGGAUGUGGACGAGUGCAAAUUCACGGACCACGGAUGCCAGCACCUGUGCAUCAACACCUUGGGCAGCUAUCAGUGUGGCUGCCGGGCGGGGUAUGAGUUACAGGCCAAUGGAAAGACCUGCGAGGAUGCCUGCGGCGGAGUGGUGGAUGCCAGACGGUCCAAUGGCUCACUCUUCUCACCCUCGUAUCCGGAUCUCUAUCCCAAUUCCAAGCAGUGCGUUUGGGAGGUGGUUGCUCCGCCGAACCACGCGGUCUUCCUGAACUUCACCCACUUCGAUUUGGAGGGCACGCGAUUCCACUACACCAAGUGCAACUACGACUAUCUUAUAAUCUACUCCAAACUGAGGGAUAAUCGGCUGAAGAAGAUCGGUAUUUAUUGUGGGCAUGAAUUGCCCCCAGUGGUGAACUCCGAGCAGAGUGUCCUUCGGCUGGAGUUUUAUUCGGAUCGCACAAUACAGCGGAGUGGAUUUGUGGCCAAGUUUGUGAUAGAUGUCGAUGAGUGCUCCAUGAAUAAUGGUGGCUGCCAGCACAGGUGCCGGAAUACCUACGGAUCCUACGUGUGCAGCUGCCGGAAUGGAUACACUCUGGCCGAGAACAGGCACAAUUGCACGGAGACGCGUUGCAAGUUCGAGAUCACCACCUCGUACGGAGUGCUCCAGAGUCCGAAUUACCCGGAGGACUAUCCCCGCAACAUCUACUGCUACUGGCACUUUCAGACCGUUUUGGGCCACCGGAUUCAGCUGACGUUCCACGACUUUGCGGUGGAGAGCCACCAGGAGUGCAUCUACGACUACGUGGCCAUCUACGACGGUCGCUCCGAGAACAGCUCCACCCUGGGCAUAUACUGCGGUGGGCGGGAGCCCAACGCCGUGAUCGCCUCCUCCAACGAGAUGUUCAUGGUCCUGGCCACGGAUGAGGGUCUGCAGAGGAGGGGCUUCAAGGCCACCUUCGUUUCGGAGUGCGGGGGCUAUCUGAGGGCCACCAACCACUCGCAGACCUUCUACUCCCAUCCGCGGUACGGAAGCAGGCCGUACAAGCGGAACAUGUACUGCGACUGGCGCAUCCAGGCGGAUCCGGAGAGCAGUGUCAAGAUCCGGUUCCUGCACUUCGAGAUCGAGUACUCGGAGCGGUGCGACUACGACUACCUGGAGGUCACCGAGGAGGGCUCCUCGAUGAACACGAUCCACGGCAGAUUUUGCGGCAAGCACAAGCCGCCGAUCAUCGUUUCCAAUUCGGACACCUUGCUGCUGCGAUUCCAGACGGACGAGAGCAACUCCUUGAGGGGCUUUGCCAUCUCCUUCAUGGCCGUGGAUCCGCCGGAGGACUCCGCCGGGGAGGACUUCGAUGCGGUCACCCCCUUUCCGGGCUACCUCAAGAGCAUGUACUCAUCGGAGACGGGCAGCGAGCACCAUCCGCACGGCCACCUCCUUCCGCCCAGCAGGCUGGUCUAGUUUCUAGUUUCUAGUGGGAAGGAUGCGGAAGGAUCUUUACUGAUUGUUGUUGAAAUUUGUAAAUAGAUUGUGAAUAAAACUCAUUUCGAAUUAACUCAUA